AUGGACAUGCAGCGACUAGGCAAGAAACAAGAGUUGAAGCGAAACUUUCGUGUUCUGAGCAUCAUCUCUUUCAUGUGCUUGAUGAUGGGUACCUGGCCUAUUGCAAUCUGUGGUACAACAGGCGGGCUCGUAGCAGCUGGAACCGGUGGCCUCAUCGUGGUGUACAUCAGCAGCGCUAUCUUUUACUGCACGAUGGUAGCAUCGAUUGCCGAGAUGGCGUCCAUUGCUCCGACGGCAGGCGGGCAGUAUCACUGGGCUUCCGAAUUCGCACAUCCCAAGGCGCAGAAAUUCAUCAGCUACGUCGCCGGCUGGCUCCUCACGACUUCCUGGCUCGUUGGUAUGGCAAGCGGGUUCUUCCUCAUAGGCCAGCUUUCCCAGGCGUGCAUUCAAGCCGGUAAUCCAGACUAUGUUCCACAAGCUUGGCAAGUCUGGCUCUUCGUGGUAAUGUUCAGUACCGCCGGCCUCAUCGCCAACACCGUCCUCGCACAAUACCUCGCCAUCUUGGAGAUCAUCGCAGCAGGCUUCUUCAUCAUCGCCUUCGCAGCCAACAUCAUCAUCUUCUGGGUGAUGGCACCCAGAAAUUCAGCCUCCGAAGUGUUCGGGACCUUCACCAACGGCAAUGAGUGGCCAAAUUCAGGCUUCGGGAUCCUUACUGCACAGAUAUCCGUGUUGUUCUUGCUCAUCGGAUCAGACGGAGCGGCACACCUUUCGGAAGAGAUUCAAGAUGCCAGUGUUACCGUCCCGCGUGGCAUCAUGGGAAGCUAUCUGCUAGGAGCGGUUACUGGGUUCAUCGUCUUGGUGACUUUCUGCUUCGCAUUCCAUCCAGAUGCUUUGGACUCGCCGACUGGGUUUCCAUUCAUUCAGGUAUAUGUGGAUACCACAGGAUCGGUUAGGGGCGCUCAGGCAUUGACGGCGGUGCUGAUAUUGCUGAUCUUCCUUGGUGGUGCGAACUUCAUGGCUUCGGCGUCACGGCAGACAUUCGCCUUCGCUCGCGAUGGAGGUCUGCCGUUCAGUAGACACAUUGCUAAGGUUAGUGACAGUUUCCAUGUGCCUCUGUUGGCUGUGGGUCUCGCGUUCAUUGUACCCAUCCUGCUCAGCUUGAUCGACUUGGGGAGUACAGUGGCCUUCGAGGCGAUCGUCAGCUUGCAGCUCAUUGCUCUAUUUGUCACCUACCUCGUAUCUAUAGGCACUCUCGUCUAUCGCCGACUCUACGGUCCUGCACUCCCAGAGCGAAGGUGGUCACUCGGGAGUUUGGGCAUGCCUAUCAAUAUUCUGGCAUUGCUCUACGGUUUCUUCGCACUAAUCUUCAUCGUCAUUCCGUCAGUACCUGGACCGACACUUGAGGAGAUGAACUGGGCUCCAGUCAUAUUCGUCGGGAUCCUGGUGUUCGCGCUGGUAUAUUACUUUGCAGGUGGCCACAAGACAUAUGAUGGGCCGGUAGUGUUGGUGAGAGACCAGAGCGACUGGAAGCGAAGCGGAUGA